AUGCAUCCCGCCGAACUCAACAGAUCCGACGUGCCCGACGCACAAUCUGUGGAGAAAGCUUCUGCAAAAUCUCAAGUGCCCGACGCAGGAUCUGCCGAGGAAGCUCCUGUCACGGUUGCUGCCCCGCCCAGCAAAUCCAACGAGCCCGAUGUGGCAUUAGCUCCCAAGGCUGACGAGCCCGAUGCAGCAUCAGCUCCUAAGGCCGACGAGCCCGAUGUGGCAUUAGCUCCCAAGGCAGCUGACCAAGCCAUAGAAACCGCCGCGGCAGUUGAAGACCUCUUUACCAAGUUUGAACGUCAAGCGUUCUUCGGUACCCCACGCGCUGCUGCCGAAGAGAGCGCUUCCGGAGUACCCGAUGCGGCACCGGUUGGCCAGGGAGUAGAAACCAUCGCAGGGCUCUUCACCGAUGCAGAGUUUGAAGCAAUGGCAGAAGGGCUCUUAACCGAAGCAGAGCUUGAUGCGAUCAUCCAGACCUUGAUUACCACCGGGAGAUAUCGCGGGUCUCUGACGCUGGAGCAGGUAGAGCAACUCAAAGCCAAGUUUCCAGCCAUCAGAGACAGCAAAUCCCACAAGCCCGAUGUGGCAUCGGUGGCAUCGACUCCCAAGGCCGACCAAGGGGCUGGCCAAGAAACCGCCGUGGCAGCCGACAACGCAGCAGAAACCGCCGUGGCAGCCGACGAUCUCUUCACCAAGUUUGAACAUCAAGCGUUCUUCAGCAUCCCAGGCACCGCUGCCGAAGAGAGCGCUUCCCGAGCACCCGAUGCGACACCGGCUGGCCAGGGAGUAGAAGCCAUCGCGCCGGCAGAGGGGCUCUUGACCGAGGCUUCAGUUGACGAGAUCCUCCGCACCUUGAUUACCACCGGGUUAUUUCGCGGUCGCUUGACGUUGGACCAGCUUAGCCAAGUGAGCGACAAGCUUUCAGCCAUCUACGGCUUUAGCGGCGCCCUCGACAUGGAAUACACCGAGACUCCAGAUGGGGUGGUUCCUGGGAACUUCGUACUUCAAGCCCUCCUCAAGCAAUGGUCGCGCGGCAGUUAUGAAAGUACAUACUACUACUUUCCGGAUUACAUAGCUUUUCGAAGCAUGCAAUUCGAUGUAGAUAACACCGGAGGUGAGGCGUAUAGUUAA